AUGCUAAAGAGAAGGGGAGGAAGGAGGAUCGCAAAGAAAGAAAAAGAAAGGAGAAAGAAAGAGAUUGAGAAGAACUUCUCCGUCCUUCCCAGGGAAGAAGGAAACGUAAUCAGAAAGGGAAGAACAGAGGCAAAAAUUCUUUCGUUUCCUUCUCCCAUCAAUUAUUUGGGCACUUCUAAAAUAUUCCCGUUCACGAGCCCAGCAACUUCUUGUUGUCUGUGCUUAUCUUGGACUUCAGCUUCCAUUUUUGAUUUCGUUGCCGCGAAAAUAAUGAGCAGUGGUUCUAGUGAAAGUGUAGCAGAUUUGUUUGCAGAGGCGUCUAAGGUUGUAGAUGCGCUCUACAUCACAAGGGACACAUAUUUUCCUGCAAAUCCAGCUGACAAAACCUCGAAGCUUCUUGUCGAGUCAAAUAUCGCCCUCAAACUGCUUGAUGAUGUUCCUCCAGAGAAAAGGAAGACGCCAGCUAAAAGGGCGAUUUACGAGUAUCUGAGAGGGAAAGUGUUGGAUGUUUUACCUGAGUACAAGAAAGAGGCUGAAGAUCAUCUCUCCAAGGCUGUAAAACUUAAUCCUUCACUUGCGGAUGCUUGGUUAAGCUUAGGGAACUGCAUUUGGAAGAAAGGGGCUCAAAACCAGGUAGAAAUUGUCAAUGACAGCAUAAAGCACGCAAAGGAAGCAAUUGCGUUAGAUGUUAAGGAUGGAAACUCUUGGUAUAAUCUAGGAAAUGCCUGUCUCACGUCUUUCUUUGUCACUGGAGCCUGGGAUCAUGGAAAGCUACAGCAAUCAUUAAAAGCAUACCAACAUGCUGAAAAGGAUGAAAGAAUGAAGUCAAAUCCUGACCUUUAUUACAAUUGUGCUAUUGUGAAUAAGUACUUGGAAAACUAUGAGAGAGCCUUGAGUGGAUUUGAAGCUGCUGCAUUAAGGGAUCCUGGUCUCAAUGCCGUUGAAGAAGUUCAAAAGAUUGUGCAGCUUCUUGACAAAAUCGAGAGUUUACUACGAGGGCAGGCCAAAUUCAAAAGACUAACUUCCUUGGCCUCAUCUCUUUCUAGUGUUAACGUGAACCCUUCAUAUAAAAGGGAGACAGUGGAUAAUUUGUUGGAUGGCCUCAACAAAGCAGUUGCUAUUGUAGGAAGAGUUAUGUUUUUUUUUAAGCAUGAGACUGUGGCUCCGUUGACUUCAGGGGCAAUUGUUUCAAUUAAGACACAUGUCAGAGGGGAUAUUUGUAAUUUGAAAAGUAGUUGGAAUUCUCUGGGGUUACUUCAAGGUUACUAUCUGCUCUGUGAUUCGAGCCAGAUGUGCUUUGUUCUCUCCGUGUACGGAAUACAUAAUCAAGCAAUUAAGGAAGGAGAUCAAGUCACUCUAUUGGAACCUUCUUACCAUUAUGUUGAUUUUUUCUGGAAAGAAAAGUCGUAUCAGUUCAGAUCAGUACGUGUUGAUUUCCUGGAGCAAGUGCUUGUGAAUGGGAAAGCAUUGUCCCCUCGACAUUCUGUUCAAACAUCGAUUUAUGCUCAAAACAAGACGUAAUUGUUUCCAGGCGUACGCAGUUUUUGUAUGUUGUACAAAAUAGGGGAGUUGGGUGUAUCCCUAGAUGAUUUUUNAUGUAUUUGU